UCAUUCAUUCUUAUCUCUCCAAUUCCAACAUCAAAACUAAUUAAACCAAGAACAGUGAUCGGCUCACAUACUCUACUUUGGCCUCAUUUCUCAUUCCAAUAAACCAAAACUCAAAUAAUAGAAUCAACUACCAUCCUUUUCCUCUCUGAAUUGAAUACUCUUCCACCCCAUUCAUGGCUCCAGGACCAACUCCAUCUUCUUCUUCUUCUUCUAUUGAACCACGAGAUGUUUGCAUAGUGGGUGUUGCAAGAACGCCCCUGGGGGGUUUUCUCGGCUCCCUCUCCUCUUUCUCAGCUACUCAGCUUGGCUCUUUUUCCAUUCGAGCUGCUCUUAACAGGGCAAAAGUGGACCCCUCACUCGUGCAAGAGGUCUUCUUUGGCAAUGUCCUCAGUGCCAACUUAGGACAAGCUCCAGCUAGGCAAGCUACCCUUGGUGCCGGCAUACCCAAUUCUGUCAUUUGCACCACUAUUAACAAAGUUUGUGCAUCUGGGAUGAAAGCCGUAAUGCUUGCAUCACAAAGUAUCCAGCUUGGCUCCAAUGACAUUGUUGUGGCUGGUGGAAUGGAGAGUAUGUCUAAUACUCCUAAGUACCUUCCAGAUGUAAGAAAAGGAUCUCGAUUAGGACAUGAACAAAUUAUUGAUGGAAUGCUUAAAGAUGGCCUGUGGGAUGUCUAUAAUGAUUUUGGAAUGGGAGUUUGUGCAGAGAUAUGUGCUGAACGAUAUACUAUCUCGAGAGAAGAGCAGGAUGCUUAUGCUAUACAAAGCUUUAAGCGAGGAAUGGCUGCACAAAACAAUGGUUUCUUUGCAUGGGAAAUAGCCCCAGUUGAAGUGCCUGGGGGCCGAGGGAAGCCAUCCAAAAUUGUUGACAAGGAUGAAGGUCUAGAAAAGUUCGAUGCUGCAAAAUUAAGAAAGCUAAGACCAAGUUUCAAGCAGAACGGGGGCUCUGUUACUGCUGGCAAUGCUUCAAUCAUAAGUGAUGGUGCAGCUGCAUUAGUCCUAGUGAGUGGAGAGAAGGCACUUCAACUUGGAUUGCAAGUAAUUGCAAAGAUUAAGGGCUAUGCUGAUGCAGCUCAGGCACCUGAAUUCUUUACAACUGCCCCAGCCCUUGUGAUACCAAAAGCUAUUUCAAAUGCUGGUUUAGAUGAUUCUCAGAUUGAUUACUAUGAAAUAAAUGAAGCGUUUUCUGUUGUAGCUCUAGCCAAUCAAAAGCUGCUUGGUCUUAAUCCUGAAAGCCUUAACGUACAUGGUGGGGCUGUAUCAUUGGGACACCCAUUAGGAUGCAGUGGAGCUCGUAUCUUGGUCACAUUGUUAGGGGUAUUGAGACAUAAAAAUGGAAAGUACGGGGUUGGUGCCAUAUGCAAUGGUGGCGGGGGAGCUUCUUCACUUGUUCUUGAGCUCAUGUCGGUGUCAAGGAUAGGACUUUCAUCCUUAUGAUCUUGAAUUUAUUGUUUACCAUCAUCCUAACUAGUAUUAUGCUUUUCCACCUCUUUAUAAUUUAAACUUUGUUACUGGAAAAAAAAGUAGCAAUGAUAAUUCUGUAAUGGAUCCAUUAAGAAAAAAACAAUGUUCUCUGUUCCAACUUA